CCUCUCUGCUCUCCACAGUCAUGACCAUGACAAUGAGCACAGCUUGAGUCUCUCCCCAGGACCAUCUCCUGUCCCCUCCCAGCCAUGCAGCCUCCUGGUGGGCCAGGGCACGGCCCCUGCAGGGUCUGCAACAACACUAGGGGCUGCUUGGCUCUCUGUGCAGGAUCCAGAACUACAAAGAUCCUUGUCCUCUUGGCAGGGCUCUGGGCUUCCUUCCAAGGUCUGCUGGUGGCAGGUGCACUGCAAAUGGAUGUUUUGCGCCUAGCGAAUGGGCCCAGUCGCUGUGCUGGGAGAGUAGAGAUACUUCAUAAUGGCCAAUGGGGAACUGUGUGUGAUGAUGACUGGGAUCUAGAGGAGGCCAGAGUGGUGUGCCGGGAGCUGAGCUGCGGGGCGGCGCUGUCCGCCCCCGGCUCGGCUCACUUUGGCCAAGGAUCUGGACAAAUCUGGCUGGAUGACGUGAACUGCAUGGGGACAGAAGACGCCCUGUCCACGUGCAGGGCCAAGCCUUGGGGAGAGCAUAACUGCAACCACGGAGAAGACGCUGGUGUAGUGUGCUCAGAGCCGACCCCGCUCCGCCUCGUGAAUGGCUCCAACCGGUGCGCGGGGCGGGUGGAGGUGCUGCGCGAGCAGCAGUGGGGCACGGUGUGUGACGACGGCUGGGACCUACGGGAUGCUGCAGUGGUGUGCCAGCAGCUGGGCUGCGGGCUGGCCCUCAUGGCCUUGGGCUCGGCACGCUUUGGGCCUGGGUCUGGCCAUAUCUGGCUUGAUGACGUGAACUGUGCCGGGACAGAGGCCUCGCUGGCAGAGUGCCGCGCCCGGCCCAGGGGAGCUCACAAUUGCCACCAUGGCGAAGAUGCCGGCGUGAUUUGUGCAGAGCCGCCACAGCUGCGCCUGGUGAACGGGUCGGGUCCAUGCACUGGCCGAGUGGAGGUGCUGCACGACCAGCAGUGGGGGACAGUGUGUGACGAGGACUGGGACCUGCUGGACGCGGAGGUGGUGUGCUGGCAGAACCCCCCCCCCCCCGGCGCGGGGGGGGGCUGCUCGGGACGGGUGGAAGUGCAUCACAGGCAGGGCUGGGGCAGCGUCUGUGACCACAGCUGGGACCUGCUGGACGCAGAGGUGGUGUGCCGAGAGCUGGGCUGCGGGGCGGCGCAGUCUGUCCACGGGAAGGCUCACUUUGGGCGAGGCCAUGAUCCCAUCUGGCUGGACGGAGUGCAGUGUCGAGGCACAGAAGCCGCCCUGUCGGCAUGCAGGGCCCAGCCCUGGGGAUCCCACAACUGUAGCCACGAGGAAGAUGCUGGUGUGGUGUGUGUGGUGUGCCGGGAGCUGGGCUGCGGGGCGGCGCUGUCCGCCCCCGGCUCGGCUCGCUUUGGCCGAGGGCGUGAUCCCAUCUGGCUGGACGGGGUGAGCUGUACCGGGACAGAAGGGGCCCUCUCCGAGUGCCGUGCCAGGCCCUGGGGCGUCCAUACUUGCAGCCACGCAGAAGACGCUGCUGUGGUGUGCUCAGAUCCCACUGAGGUACGGCUGGUGAACGGCUCCGGGCGCUGCUCGGGGAGGGUGGAGGUGCUGCACGACCAGCGCUGGGGCAGCGUCUGUGACAACGACUGGGACCUGCUGGAUGCGGAGGUGGUGUGCUGGUACCUGGGCUGCGGGGCGGCGCUGUCUGCCCCCGGCUCGGCUCGCUUUGGGCAGGGAUAUGGUCCCUUCUGGCUGGACAGAGUUCACUGCACAGGGAGGGAAGCUGCCCUCUCCGAAUGCCGUGCCGAGCCUUGGGGAGCUCAUAACUGCAGCCACGGGGAGGAAGCCAGCGUUGUGUGUGCAGAGCCACCUGCCCUCCGGCUGGUGAAUGGCUCCAGUCCCUGCACAGGCAGAGUCGAGGUGCUGCACAACCAGACAUGGGGCAAUGUAUGUGCUGAGGGCUGGGACAUGCAGGAUGCUGAAGUGCUGUGCCGGGAGCUGGGCUGUGGGCUGGCUCUCUCAGCCCCAGGCAAGGCUGACUUUGGACAAGGAAAGGGUCCCAUCUGGCUGGUGAAUCUCAGUUGCCUGGGGACAGAAGCUGCCCUCUCUGAGUGUGUGGGCAUGCCGUGGGGAAUCCAGCCAUGCCAUCACAGAGAAGAUGUCAGCGUUGAGUGCUCAGAGCCAGCUAUGCUCCGGCUGGUGAACGGCUCAAGCAACUGCUCUGGAAGAGUUGAAGUGCUGCAUGCCCAGCAGUGGGGCAGCGUGUGUGAUGAUGGUUGGGAUGUACGAGAUGCAGAAGUGGUGUGCAGGCAGCUGGGCUGUGGCACAGUGCUAUAUGCCCCACAUCUGGUUCAGUUUGGCCGAGGGCCAGGGCGUGUCUGGCUGGGUGACGUGAAUUGUACAGGGACAGAAACUGCUCUCUCCAAAUGCCCAGCUGGGGCCUGGGGUGAAGGUUCUUGCCGCAGCAGGGAAGAUGCCAGUGUUGUGUGCUCAGGCACAGCCGUGAGCAGCUCCAGCCUCCCACUGCCAAUGCCCCUUCUGCUGGGCCUGGUGACAUCACUAGCUCUCACACUGCUGAUCGGGGCUUUCCUGCUCUUGAUGAAGAAGAGACCACGGUCCAGGGCUUUUCUGCACUCAGCAGGUAAUGAGCUGGAACUGAAUUCCCUGGGAACUCUCUGGAUCCAGGGAGGUGGUCAUCUUACAGCCAUGGCAGAAGUUCCUGAAGAUCCCGGCAAUGAAAUGGUCUGGCUGGUGAAAGCCAAGAGAGUGACACUGCCCCAGGAUAAACCUGAGGGAGAACAGGAGAAAAAUUGCAGCUUUCUCCCAAAUACUGCAUGGCACCCAGCUCAGCCUGCAGUUCUCACUAGGACAAUUACCUGCCUUAAAGUGUGUGCUACCGGCAUGGGGUUUUCAGGACAUUGCCUGCUGCCCCUACACAAGAACCUGGUUAGCUACGCUGGAGUAGGGCUCCUGAUCUACCUCACGUGUUUUUGUGAUCUUGUUGCUUCUCAGCGGGCUCCCCUCCGACUGGUGGGUGGACCACACCGUUGUGCUGGCAGAGUUGAAGUGUUUUACAGCAACAGAUGGGGAACUGUGUGUGAUGACCACUGGGACUUAGAAGAUGCUGAAGUUGUGUGCCGUCAGCUGCAGUGUGGAAAAGCCCUAUCAGCCUCUAGGUCUGGUCAGUUCAGUGCAGGUUCAGGACCCAUCUGGCUGGCUGAUGUUAACUGCACAGGGAUGGAAAUUGCUCUCUCUUACUGCAGAAUGAAGGUCUGGGGAAAGAACAAUUGCAACCAUGGUGAAGAUGCUGGUGUGGUGUGCUCAGACUCAGCCAGCCACCCUCCAGAUCGCCACACUAGUCCCACAGAGCUCCCUCUGGUGAAUGGCCUGACCCGCUGCUCUGGAAGAGUCGAGCUGCUGCACGAACACCAGUGGGGAACUGUAUGUGAUGAUGACUGGAGCUUUACUGACGCCAAAGUGGUGUGCCAGCAGCUGGGCUGUGGGAUGGUAAUCUCAGCCCCUGGCUCAGCUCACUUUGGCAAGGGAUCUGGACCCAUUUGGCUAGACAAUGUUCAAUGCAGUGGGACAGAAGCUGCCCUUUCUGAAUGCCAGGCCAUGCCUUGGGGCAUAAAUAACUGCGACCAUGGAGAAGAUGCUGGGGUUGUGUGCACAGACACAGCCACUGAAGCGUCACCUGAACUGCGUCUGGCGAAUGGCCCCAAUCGCUGCGCUGGCAGAGUGGAGGUGCUCCACAACUAUCAUUGGGGAACAGUGUGUGAUGACGACUGGAGUUUAACCGAAGCCACAGUGGUGUGUCGGCAGCUGGGUUGCGGGACAGCAGUCUCAGCACCUGGCUUGGCUCGCUUUGGACAAGGAUCUGGUCGUGUCUGGCUGGAUAAUGUGAACUGCACAGGGGCAGAAACUGCCCUCUCUCAAUGCCAGGCCAGGCCUUGGGGAUCCAAUGACUGUGACCAUGGGGAGGAUGCUGGUGUGGUGUGCUCAGACUUGGACACUUCGGGGCAACCUCUGCUCAGGCUGGUGAAUGGAUUCAACAACUGCACUGGGCGAGUUGAGGUUCUUCACAACCAGCGAUGGGGAACUGUGUGCGAUGACACCUGGGACCUAAAAGAUGCGGUAGUCGUGUGCAGGGAGUUGGGAUGUGGGAUGGCAUUGUCAGCCUUGGGUUCAGCUCAUUUCGGCCGAGGAUCAGACCCCAUUUGGCUGGACAGUGUUCACUGCAUAGGAACCGAAUCCACCUUCGCAAAGUGUAGACUGAGUGACUGGGGAGAACACAACUGUGGCCAUGAAGAAGAUGCUGGUGUGGUGUGCUCAGGUGCGAAUCAGCUGCGAGUGAAGGAUGGCCCAGGCCCCUGCGCAGGGCGUGUGGAGGUGCUGUACAAUGCUACGUGGCAUAGUGUAUGUGAUACCAGUUGGAGCUUGCUGGAAGCGGAGGUGGUCUGCAGGCAGCUGGGCUGUGGGCCAGCACAGUCUGCACCCAUCGGAGCUCAGUUCGGCCAGGAGAACAGCCGUCACUUACUGGAAGGGCUAAACUGCAGGGGCACAGAGUCAUUCCUCUUGGAGUGCCAGCAGAGCAAGACGGGUCUGGGGCUGUGCAGGCAUGGCUCUGCAGCUGGCGUGGUGUGUACUGAGCCAAAAGACUUUACACAGUCCUGCUUCAUGCUGGCAGGUCUGCUUGGCAUGGUGGCAAUGCUCUGUGGGAUCCUGACGGUCCUAUACCUGUGGACAAGGUGUGGAAGACGGGAUGGAUGCUCCCUGGAUAAAGCACCUGUAAAGGGGAUGGAGGAUGCAAGGACAUCAUCUGAGGCUUAAAUAGCCACACUCCUGGCACCAAAGGAAAAGCUCCGUCAGAGCAGAGCAGCUACUGUGAUGAUCAGGAGAGAGGAUCUUCUGUGGCAGAAUGGAAAAUCUUGUCACCUGUACCCAUAGCCCCUGGCUCAUAGCACUGAACCUCUUAGGGUCCCAGCUGCCUGCAUGACCAUGCACGGCACCAUGAGGCCCUCAAUCUCAAAGCAAGAAUCUUUAUCUCAGAAUAAAUUAUCUCAGAAUCAUUA